UACUUACUUAAAUCUCACAAAUCAAAGCAAACCAAAAUUUUCUUAUCUUUCCUUUGAAAUGAACUUUCUUUUAUACAAAUCUUUUUCAUUAUCAUGUUUUCAAAUGUUAAUCGUAAUUAUAACUCUCUUAGGGGCAAUCAGUUCUGUGUACUCGGGUGUUGAUUCGGACCCUUACAGUACCUCGGGUGAUGAUCUAGGCCUUUACGAUCCAUUUUAUGAUAGUAACAACCCGAGUAACCCUACUUGCCAACCACCAAUCCCACCUUUUGUGUUGCCUAUUUACAAAGUUGAUAUGAUGCAAUUGCAGUUUGCUCAAAAUAUAGAGCAUUUGGAAGCUGAGUUUUUCUUGUGGGGUGCCCUAGGGUACGGCCUUGACAAGGUUGCCCCGCAAUUAACUCUUGGCGGUCCGCCUCCCAUUGGAGUUCGGAAGGCCAACCUUGACAACUUCACUGAGGGUAUUAUCACAGAAUUUGGCUUUGAGGAAGUUGGACACUUGAGGGCCUUAAAAAGGACAGUUGGAGGCAUCCCCAGGCCAUUAAUGGAUUUAAGUCAACAAAAUUUUGCAAGGGUUGUAAAUCAAGCAUUUGAAAGUGAUCUUAAGCCACCAUUUGAUCCAUACAGAGAUAGUCUUAGCUACAUGUUGGCUUCAUAUAUUAUUCCUUACAUGGGACUUACCGGCUACGUUGGUGCUAAUCCGCAGAUCAAAGGCUAUGUUACUAAAAGGCUCUUAUCAGGAUUACUCGGAAAUGAAGCAGGCCAAGAUGCAGUAAUUAGGAUGUACUUAUACGAAAGACGAAUGAAACUAGUGCACCCAUACAACUUCACCGUGGCAGAAUUCACAAAUCGUAUUUCAAUUCUAAGGAACAAAUUGGGCAUGUGUGGCAUCAAAGACGAAGGUGUCGUUGUCCCACCCGAGCUUGGGGCUGAGGGUCGGACUAGCACCAAUGUGCUAUCAGCGAACCAAGACUCGCUUUCCUAUGCGCGAACACCUGCUGAAAUACUUAGAGUCUUGUACGAAACUGGCAAUGAGCACCACCCUGGUGGGUUUUACCCUAAGGGAGCUAAUGGUGAAAUUGCUAGAAUGUAUCUUAAAGACCAAUACUAGCUAGUUUAUUUAUGUUCUUCAAUAAGUUUGUAAAAACACUAGAGAUAUAUGCUUCAUUAUGAA